CGCAACGUCGCAGUCUCAAUUUUGUUCACUCUGACGGAAAAAUUGUCGUGGUUUCCUACUCAUCCUACUUCAACCAAUUUUUUAUGGUGUUUAGUACAAAUAAAUGGUUACUAAAGCUUGCAUUUUUGCAACUAGUAAUAUUCCAAGUCGUAGUGAAAAUUUGCGUGGCAUAGUAUGCUAUCGGUAUAGCUUCAGAGUGACGUGUUUUUUCAGUUAUCCAUGUUAACUGCAAGCAAAAAGAUUUUAAAUACUCCAGCAAAUUAAAUCAACUAUUGCAACAACAUUAUUUCUGGUUAUAAACAAUCAAUAUUGUAGAUUAGCUAUUAAAAAUGAGCAGUCAAAAUUCUACCAGCAUGCCAGUUUCCAUGCCUAGUAUAAAACUGAAGAAAAAGCAUAUUCGUGUGAAACAUCAAAAAGCCAAGCUCUUUAGAGCUAGUGAACCAAUCCUUUCAGUAUUAAUGUGGGGUAUUAAUCAUACUAUUAAAGAAUUGGUUUACAUCAAUAUUCCUGUCAUGCUGAUGCCAAAUGAUUUUAAAGCAUACUCAAAAGUUAAAGUUGACAAUCAUUUGUUCAAUAAAGAGAACAUGCCCAGUCAUUUUAAGAUCAAAGAAUACUGUCCAUUGGUAUUUCGAAAUCUUCGUGAGAGAUUUUCCAUUGAUGAUAGUGAUUAUCGUCAGUCAUUGACCAGAUCACAACCUGUAGUAUCAGAUUCACCAGGUCGAAGUGGAGCAAAGUUUUAUAAUUCCAGUGACGGCCUCUUUGUCAUAAAAACAUUGACAAGAGAAGAAGUAGAGCAAAUGCAUUUACUGCUCAAGGAGUACCAUCCAUACAUUGUUGAGCGACAUGGUAAAACAUUGCUUCCACAGUAUCUUGGAAUGUACCGGUUGACAGUGGAUGGAGUGGAGAAUUAUCUAGUCGUAACAAGAAAUGUGUUCAGCAAUCAUUUGCCUUUACACAGGAAGUAUGAUCUUAAAGGAUCCACAGUAGAUCGCGAGGCAUCUGACAAAGAGAAGGAGAAAGAAUUACCUACGUUAAAAGAUAACGAUUUUGUCAAAGACGGAACUAAAGUAGUGAUUGGUGACGAUGCUAGGGAGCGUUUGAUGGAAACCCUUACUGCUGAUGUAGAGUUUCUCAUGAAACUUCAAUUGAUGGACUAUUCACUCCUUUUGGGUGUACAUGAUUGUGAACAAGCUGAACAGGAAAACAAGGAAAUAUUAGAACGCUCAGAACAAACGGAGUGUGUGCCUGCAGCUGAAGACAGUUAUAAUGAAGACGACGAAGAUUCAUGUGGUUCUACUGUGGGAGUCGGAGGAGCAACUGGACCCACCCCACCAGAUUCACCUCAGAUGGGUCGUGAAAAAGCGCAAGCUGCUCGUUCCAUCUCACAGCAGUAUCCGUAUCAGUAUACUGGUAAAAUAAUCCCAGAUAUUGACAUUUACGCCAUCCCAUGCAAAGAAGAUGCGCCGAAACGUGAAAUUUACUUCUUAGCGCUUAUUGACAUUUUGACGCAUUAUGGAGUAAAGAAACAAGCUGCAAAAGCAGCCAAAACUGUCAAAUAUGGAUCCCACGUUGACGGAAUUUCUACCGUCGAACCUGAUCAAUAUGGCCGUCGCUUCUUAGAUUUUAUGGCGAAAGUUAUUGAAUAACUUUUUGAUGGCUCAUUCGAUUGCCGUUGAAAUUUUGUGUUCCACUAUUCCUAUUCUGUUGUACACUUUGUGUUCUUUUAAAUUUAUUGUAUUUCCCCUUUGAAGAAAAAAAAAAAAACAAUUUUUUUUUUUUUUUUUUUUUGAACUUUUUUUGUUUACUCUUUUGGAUGAGCAUUGAGCAAUGGCGAUCAAGUCUAGCUGCAUACGGUGUUUACAAUUAUCUGAAAUUUCUUCCCUUUGAUUACAAUGCCUUGCUAGACCUCGCCUAGUUUGGAAAUUGGUCUUGUGUUGGCUUUGUAUCAGUCAAUAGAAGUUACAAGUUGCAUCAAUUUAACUUUUUAUCUUAGAAUGCAUAAUAGUCUCCUGCAAAAAGAAAUCUGCCGUCAACGUUCAACUUUCGUUCUCUUUAUAUUAUUUUGUAAUUGGUCUGUAGAAAUUCAAUGCGUCUGAAUCUGCUUGGAUCUGACUUGUCUCACGGUGACAAGUGUGCGAAAUUUUAUGUAGCUGUCCUCCCGUCGUUUACAUUCAGAUACUCAGCUUAAUUAAAAGAGCAGGGUUUUCUGUGCUUUCGUCUUAUUGGUUUUGUAUGUUCCAAAAUAAUUUCUGUCACUUGGUUCAUUUCAGUCUCCAACGUGUGAUAACCGAUGUGUUUUGUCCUAUCUCGUCCUUUUUUGUUGUUCCAUGUGGCAUCCCAAGAAGCCGUUAACAUAUUACGGAUAAUGUAAACUCGUGAUUUUGAUGUGUUUCUAUGCCAGCCAUCAAUACAAAACAUUUGAACGUU